AAAAAACAAGAGGAAGCUUGUUUCUUGUUUGGUGUUUGGAUUCGGAAAAAUGGCGUCUAAUUGUCUAUUUAUGGGCAGGAAAUAUUUAAUUAAAUUUAGUUUACUCACUGAAACUGUGAGAUAUUAAAAUCUGUAUGUGAUUACCUUAAAAGAUAUCGCUUCCAAUUUAUAUUCGAAUUAAAUUAUGUAAAAUAUAAUGACAUUUCUUUUUAUUGUAUCUGGGACACGUUGAAGGUUUUUAUCUAAGUUGUAAUGAUGGAAGAUACAUCGGGAAGUGAAGAAAGUGGUGAAGGAACUGAGAAUUCUGGAAACAGAGAUCGUUCAAGAGAUAAAAAACACAAAAAUGGAGAUGCUUCUUGUAAAGCAAAACGCAGCAUGAAGCGUCAGCUUAAAACAUUUUCCUUUGGUAAAUGGCAAAAAGGUUUUAACAAAGAGAAAUCUAAAAAAAGAACUUUUAGUUUAAGUAAAGAUGCAUGGCAAAGUUGCAGCUCAGUUGUAUCUGAAGCAUCCAUAGAGGGAGCCACUUGUAUCUGUACUGGUUAUAGAAAAACUAAAGCAUCAUCCUCUGAAAAACAUAGUAAGGAAAAACCAACUGAUGUAUCAGAUGACAUGAGAGGAAGUAUUUUGGCAAUUGCAUCUUGUCCGAGAAAUGACGCAACACAGCAUCCUCAGGCUCAAGAGGAAGGGAUUUAUGCUGGUGAUAAUAGGCAACAGAGUGGUGAAACUUCAGAUAGUAAUCUACUGAUAACUUGUCAGGCAACUUCUCAGCAGCCAUUGUCUUUGAAUGAAAUCAGCAUUAGUCAGUUGACCCUUGCCCUUCAAGAGCAUAUGAGGUUUUCAAUUGUACCUAGCCCAUUUGUCAUUAGAUAUGGAAAUGUGGGCUACAAUGUAGAUAGUCGGAAUGCAUUUGACAGGCGAUCUUGUAGCCUAAAUUUAUUUUCUACUGCUCAUACUCAAAUAGAUUAUGUUCAUCAUCUUGUACCAGACCUUAGAGAAAUCACCAAUUGCAGCUUUUACUGGGGCAAAAUGGAUCGGUAUAAAGCUGAAAAGCAGUUGGACAAGAAACCUGAAGGGACAUUUCUAUUAAGGGAUAGUGCACAAGAGGAAUUUCUAUUUAGUGUCAGCUUCCGACGUUACGGGCGAACUCUACAUGCUCGCAUUGAACAACUGAAUCAUAAAUUUAGUUUCGACUCUCAUGAUCCAAAUGUGUUCACUUCAAAUACUGUCUGUGGUCUUGUAGAACAUUACAAAAACCCCAUCUGUUGCAUGUUCUUUGAGCCAAUGCUUACUAUACCGGUUCAUCGCACCUUCCCUUUCGACUUGCAACAUUUGUGCCGGGCUGUCAUCUCAGAUUACAUAACUUACGAUGGCAUAAACGAGUUAAAACUACCAAAGAAGAUAAAAUCUUAUUUGAAAGAAUAUCAUUAUAAACAAAGAGUUCGUAUUCGACAUCUUGAAAAUGAUAAUUUUGUUUGACGUUUGUAGAUAAGAUAUGUAUAGAUUUUUAUGGAUUGCUUAGUUUUCUUUUUGAAGGUAUUGACGGUUUUGCAUAUAUAGACUCUUUUUCUUGUGCUUAUUCAUGAAUAUUUAACUGGAUGAGAUUAUCCUUUGGGCUAUUAAUUGUAUUAUUUUUAUUAGUUUCCAAUGCAUAGCUGUCAACUUUCAUUUUUUGUGUCUUUUUCGCCAAUCUCUGAAUUCUAGCAUUUAAUAUAUAUUUCUGUUCUGCAAGUAAUUGUUGAAAUAAAACUUCCUUUUCAAAUUAUACAGAUUUUAAAUAAUGUCUCUGAUAGCAGAAUUUACUAUAUGAAUCUGAAGCACUGUCUAAAUUUUUCUGCAACUUCAUUGCAGUUAGAUGUAAAAAUUUUAUUUAACCUGUAACAAAAUUUGCAAAAUAAAAACUUGAUGUUUUGAGUUCUUUA